AUGGAUCCUCCACGAAACCGAAAGCAGCGACGAGCCGCAGCCACCGCUUCGCAAACAGAUUUCUUUGAUCCUUCCUCGAUUCCCCUCGCCCAUCCUCCACCAAAUGAUCCUUCGAAACCCCAAAAGAACGGGAGAACGCUGGUAGAUAUGAUCGCAGAAAGGCAAGGCCAGCUUGAGGGAACCAUUGGUCCCUCGGGUUCACAGAAGGGCAUCGAGACGAAGUACGUGGCCAUCGACCCCGACACGGGCGAGAUUUCUCCUUUCGGCCAGUCAAGUGUGUCGGGCACUGGGAAUGAAGGCCAGCUGUCUGAGGAAAUUGCAAAACAUGAGGAAGAUAUAGACGACUACGAUCCCAUCUCACCUUUUAUUGACACCGUGCUGCUCUCUAUACCCUUGACCGUCUUACAUUUGACAUUGGGGUAUCUGGCGGCCCAUCAAUACGCACAGAGCAUUGAACUCGACGUCCUCUUCCGCAAUUCAGGUUUUGUGGCGUUCCCAACGUUGACCCUUCUCAUCCACCUUGCUCACGGGCAUAUCAUCUCUUUCCACCGGGGUCAAGGAGAAUCUGAGACCAUCUCGCUCUUCCCGUGGCAUCCAGAGAAGCUCUCUUUCUCGUUUCUGCGCAAGCUACUCUUCCCACCGUCGCUAAAGACAGUAAUCUUUCUUCCUGGAGCAGUUAUUCUCGGGAACAAACUCAUGGAAAUGACCAACGAGGACACUUACUACGCGGUUAUGAGGCAAGCACCGGCUAUUGGGACAUUAUGGGUGUGGUGUAUUCUGGAGAUUCCCGUGGGUGCCGCUUUUGUCGGAGCACUGGGCCCAUUGGCAUACGGUGUAUGGUUCAAAGGGUACGGCAUUCUUUAA